AUGAAAAGACAGGCCGAGCGGGAUAAUAGUCCUGCAAGAGCUAUUGCAAAACGGAUCCGGGAGAGAGAACGGGACCGAGAGGUGAACAGGAGAGAGGACGGUCCUCCGCCUCCACUUGCAUUACUGCUUGCCGAGAGCCGAAAUUAUCAUAAACACCAAGCGCGGAGCCGGAGCAGAGAACGUGAGAAGCCCCGUCUUAGGGAAGACCGUGGUGCCGCUGCGGACACUCUCCAUCACCGGUCACACCACGAACUCGGUCUCAUUGGUCGACCACCUCUGCGGGCGACAUCGGUACUACCCAAAGGUAAACCAGCAGCCGACCUUCUCAGUAGCAGGGGAACAGGCGGACUAGAAUAUAAGACUUUACUCAUUAGCAACCUGGGCUCGCAGCUAUCAGACGAACAUGUCGAAGAUGGACUGUUUCAUGAGUUCAAAAAGUUUGGAGAUGUCAGUGUUAAACUCUCUCACACACCGGAGUUGGGACGGGUUGCAUAUGUGAAUUUCAGACACACGGAUAACGCAAGGGAAGCCAGGCAUGCUAAAGCUAGGUUAGUGUUGUAUGACCGCCCCCUCAAAGUUGAGCCUAUGUACAUGCGACGCCGCAGCUGCACGCCGCCUGAUGUUAGCUAUGUGCCUCUGCACGGGACUUAUCCUUACAGACAGAGAUCCCUCUCCCCUGGACCUGGAGGCAGUGCCAUCAGGGAUGCCCGACCGAGGCAUUAUGUGGAGGGGAUUGGACUGAGCAGAGAACGGGAGCGGGUCUUAGAUUAUUAUAGUGCUUUAGAGGAGAGGGGCCGUUCUUAUACCUAUCAGCUACCUGAGGAGGACUUAAAACCUGAAGAUGAUCAGAGAGCCACGAGGAAUCUCUUCAUUGGCAACCUCGAUCACAAUGUAUCAGAGGCGGAAUUAAGACAAGGCUUCGAUAAGUAUGGAAUAAUAGAGGAGGUUGUGAUUAAACGGCCUGCACGUGGUCAAGGUGGUGCUUAUGCUUUUCUCAAAUUUCAGAACCUGGAUAUGGCACACCGAGCCAAAGUGGCCAUGCAAGGCCGGGUUAUCGGUGGAAACCCAGUGAAGAUCGGGUACGGCAAAGCCAAUCCCACCACACGACUGUGGGUUGGUGGCCUGGGUCCGAACACGUCACUGGCAGCUUUAGCCCGCGAGUUUGAUCGCUUUGGCAGCAUUCGGACCAUUGACUAUGUCAAGGGGGACAACUUCGCCUACAUUCAUUAUGAAAGCCUUGAUGCUGCCCAAGCUGCGUGUGCACAGAUGCGCGGUUUCCCUCUUGGAGGCCCUAAUCGCAGACUUCGUGUGGAUUUUGCCAAAGCGGAGGAGACACGCAGCUAUCCUCAGCAGUACCAGCCUCCAGUCACACUGCCAGCCCAUUAUGACUUACUUGGUGACGGUUAUGGGCGCCACCGCAGUCUAGAGAGGGAACUUAGGGCGCGGGCUCGCUCACCCUCUCACCCAUUGUUUGCAGAGCGGGAACGAGAGCGUGGUCUUUCUGACCGGGACUGGACCAGUCCGCCGAAGAGCCUAGAGCGACGGGUAGAGGCUUUCAGCAGGGAGAGGGCACGCAGCCGGAGCCGGGAGCGUUGGGCUAAAGACAGGGAGUUGGAACGCGGCCUGGGCAAAGUGUGGGAGGAGCGUCGUAAACGCAGAAGCCUCUCAAAUGAGCGACCCUUUGAUGAGAGGGGUAGGUCAAAGGUUCGAGGUCCAGCUGCUCCAUCAACACCAGAAGACAGCCCUGACCGGGCCAGUGGUCGCCUGCCAGACUCUACCUCUGAACCCCAGGACCACACCCCUGACAGCAGCCGCCAUUCAGGCGACGAGCAGUCCGCUCAGGACGAUUCCACACAUCACAAGAAGGACGGCGAGCAAGACCGCAAUCACCGCAAGAGCGAGUUAGACCCUGACUCGCAAACGGAUAAAACAAAGUCCGACCCCAAAAAGCCAAGCACUCUGUCCGAGUAUGCCCAGACCCUGAAUCGCGUUUGGCAUGGAGCUUUAGUCCUCAAAAACAGCUGCUUCCCCACCAACAUGCACAUGCUAGAGGGUGGGCUCAGCUUCUUACAGGCCCUCAUGAAAGACAACCAGGCACCAGGAGGAGGAGCCAAGAUUACCCAGCUCAAGAUCGCUCAGAGACUGCGGUUGGACCAGCCCAAGUUGGAUGAGGUGACCCGACGGAUCAAGCUGGGUAGCCCUGAUGGUUAUGCCGUUCUCCUGGCCGUCCAGGGUCCCAUAGACAGAGAUGCCCCUCCACCCGAGCCUGGCCUCCAGAAGCGCCUUCUCCGGAACCUGGUGACCUACCUCAGGAACAAGCAGGCAGCAGGGGUCAUAGGCCUGCCUCUGGGGGGUCCUAAAGAACGGGAGAUGGGUGGAAUGCUCUACGCCUUUCCACCAUGUGAGUUCUCCCAACAGUACCUCCAAACAGCCCUCAGGACUUUAGGUAAACUCGAAGAGGAGCACCUUGUUAUUGUGAUUGUCAAAGACUCCGUUUGA